ACGAGCUCCUUAACCCAGCCCUGGGCUUCUCCAGCUAUGGCUACCGUGGCCGCGACUGCAGGGCCAACCUUUACCUCCUGCCCACCGGGGAGGUGGUGUACUUUGUGGCCUCGGUGGUGGUACUGUACAGUGUGGAAGAGCAGAGGCAGCGACACUACCUGGGCCACAACGAUGACAUCAAAUGUCUGGCUGUCCACCCAGAUAUGGUCACCAUCGCCACGGGACAGGUGGCAGGCACCACAAAGGACGGCAAGCCUCUGCCACCCCAUGUGCGUGUCUGGGACUCGGUUUCCCUGUCCACCUUACAUGUCCUGGGCCUGGGAGUGCUUGACAGAGCUGUGUGCUGUGUGGCCUUCUCCAAAUCCAAUGGGGGCAAUCUACUAUGUGCAGUGGAUGAAUCCAACGACCAUGUGCUCUCCGUGUGGGACUGGGCCAAGGAGAGCAAGGUGGUGGAUAGCAAGUGCUCCAAUGAGGCCGUGCUGGUGGCCACCUUCCACCCCACUGAUCCCAGCCUGCUGAUCACCUGUGGGAAAUCCCACAUCUACUUCUGGAACCUGGAGGGAGGCAGCCUGAGCAAGAGGCAGGGCCUGUUUGAGAAACACGAGAAGCCGAAAUACGUGCUGUGUGUGACCUUCCUGGAAGGUGGCGACGUGGUCACUGGAGACUCUGGGGGGAACAUCUACAUCUGGGGCAAAGGUGGAAACCGCAUCACCCAGGAAGUACUGGGAGCCCAUGAUGGCGGUGUGUUUGGGCUCUGCGCCCUGCGGGAUGGUACGCUGGUGUCUGGAGGGGGCCGCGAUCGUCGGGUGGUCCUCUGGGGUUCGGACUACAGCAAGGUGCAGGAAGUGGAGGUUCCAGAGGACUUUGGCCCUGUCCGCACUAUAGCAGAGGGCCGGGGAGACACACUGUACGUGGGGACCACCCGUAACUGCAUCUUGCUUGGCUCGGUGCAUAGCGGCUUCUCGCUGCUUGUCCAGGGACACGUAGAAGAGCUGUGGGGCCUGGCCACGCAUCCUAGCCGGGCACAGUUUGUGACCUGUGGACAGGAUAAGCUGGUGCAUCUUUGGAGUUCAGAGACCCACCAGCCCCUGUGGAGCCGGACCAUUGAGGACCCUGCCCGUUCGGCUGGCUUCCAUCCCAGUGGCUCUGUCCUGGCGGUGGGCACAGUGACCGGCAGGUGGCUGCUACUGGACACAGACACCCAUGACCUGGUGGCUAUCCACACAGAUGGCAAUGAGCAGAUCUCCGUGGUCAGCUUUUCCCCAGACGGGGCGUACCUGGCUGUGGGCUCCCACGACAACUUGGUGUACGUGUACACGGUGGACCAGGGUGGCCGCAAGGUCAGCCGCCUGGGCAAGUGCUCGGGUCAUUCGAGUUUUAUCACCCACCUGGACUGGGCCCAGGACAGCUCCUGCUUUGUGACCAAUUCUGGAGACUAUGAGAUUCUGUACUGGGACGCCGCCACCUGUAAGCAGAUCACCAGUGCAGAUACCGUGAGAAAUGUGGAAUGGGCCACCGCUACAUGUGUGUUGGGGUUUGGGGUGUUCGGUAAGUUCUGAAAUAGGGAGGUUCCCCAC